AUGGCUACCGCGACUGCUACUCGAACCCUCACCAAGGCUUUCCCUCGAUCCACUGCUUCAGCCACCUCCUCAAUCCGUCUUACUGCUCGCUCCUCCCGAAACAAUGCUGCGAAGCCAUUCUUCCAACAAUCCUCCCGCCGGCACUACUCCUCCGGACCUGCCCCUUCCAAAUCCAGUACCGGCACCAUCAUCGGCGUUGCGGCCGCCGCUGCUCUCGUCGGUGGUGGUUACUACUUCUACAGCACUCAAGGAACCAAUAUUCGCCCGAAGCAAGGGAGCGCAGGACAGUCUGUUGGCCUUUUCAAGCCCACGGCUGAGGAUUAUCAAAAAGUUUACAAUGCAAUUGCCAAGGCUCUGUGGGAAAAUGACGACUACGAUGAUGGAUCUUACGGGCCUGUCGUGCUCCGAUUGGCAUGGCACGCAUCGGGUACCUACGAUGCUGCUACCGGUACCGGCGGUAGCAAUGGCGCCACCAUGCGAUUUGCCCCCGAAAGUGAGCACGGUGCCAACGCUGGUUUGAAGAAUGCUCGCGAUUUCUUGGAGCCCAUCAAAGAACAAUUCCCUUGGAUCUCAUAUUCCGACUUGUGGACUUUGGCCGGUGUCUGUGCUGUUCAAGAGAUGCAAGGACCCGUUAUUCCUUGGAGGCCCGGACGACAAGAUAAAGACGUUUCGUUCUGCACACCGGACGGCCGCUUGCCCGAUGGAGCCAAGGAUCAAAACCACGUCCGCGCGAUUUUCGGGAGAAUGGGAUUCAACGACCAGGAAAUGGUUGCUCUCUGCGGUGCUCAUGCUUUGGGUCGCUGCCACGCCGACCGCUCCGGUUUCGAAGGACCAUGGACUUUUUCUCCCACCGUCUUCACAAACGAGUACUAUCGACUUUUGAUGGAAGAGAAAUGGGGUUGGCGCAGCUGGUCCGGCCCGAAACAAUACCAAGACAAGACCACCAAGAGCUUGAUGAUGUUGCCGACCGACAUGUCGCUGGUUAAGGACCCCAUUUUCAAGAAACAGGUGGAAAUCUAUGCCAAGGACAGUCAGACCUUUUUCAAAGACUUCUCCGAAGCCCUAUGCAAGCUGUUCGAGCUCGGUGUACCAUUCGAGAGCAAGCCCGAGGACAGAAUCAAAUUCAAGCCCACCAUCGACGAAUAA